GAAAUGGAUACAGAAACUCUCCUUCAGGCUGUGUGCUCUGUGCAUCAUAGAAAUUUGAACCAUAUUUUGCAUGCGUCUGAGGCACUUUCCAUGGCAGUUUCACUUUUUAAUAAUUGCGCCUCUUCUAUUGGUCCAUCCUGUUUGAUUGAAGAUCUUACUCAGGAAGUCGAAAAUGAUACAUCCGCAGAUUCAUUCUUCUUUUUGCUAGACGUUCUGACAGAUUUGGAUAUCAUAGGAAUGGGGCCUGUGAAGAUUGGAAUGUCUCUCAUUUAUUUUCCUGCCCUUAUUCAGUCAUCACAGGCUGAGCGAGCGGUGACAAAUUUAUUGAGGGUUAUCGAAUUGUUUCAGCAGUCAAUACUCGGUCCAAAAAAAUUUCGGAAAUCAUGGAGGAAUGUGCUAGCAUGUUUACAGAAUCUUUUAGAAACAGCACCGGGCGAUCCUUUGGUGACAAACAUUAAGAAUGCUAUCUCAAAAAUCGAGAACGCGAUUUUUUAAUAUUGAACUUCUGCUCUGGUAUAUGUGUGUUUAUGUGUGUGUGAUCUCGUAACUGCUCAAAAUUAUUAGAUGAAAAUACA